UUCGUUUUCUUUUUCUUUUUAUUGAAUUUGCAGAGUAGUGGAUUACAUCAAGUCAGGAGUCAGACGAGUUUUACAGUUUUUGUUCUCUAUGUUGUCAACUUUUUUUGAUGUCUUCUUGUCAGUAUGAUGGAUUUGUUUUUUUUUAUGAAUGAGAACAAAAUGUAGAAUUUACCCUUUUCAGUGUGCAUUUGCUGUUCUGGCUUUUUUUUCCACAGACUUUGCAAGUCAGGAGAGAUUUCCUUUAAAAAAAAGAAAGUAUGGAAUACAUUUUGUGCAUUAUGUUCCAAAAUAAUUAUAACAACUAACAGAGACACAAUUAGCGAGAGCAGUGUGACAUUAGAACUUUGCAGUUAAAAUGCAGAAUCAUUUAGAAUUUUUAAACAAUCAUAUUUAUUGCCAACAUGGUUAACCCAAUCUUUUUAAAAUAUAAAUUCAUAAUUUGUGUUAACUCUUAGUUUUAAAGCAAAGGUUCGUGUUUUUUCCUCCCAUGCGGGAAUGCGGAGACACCGACUGGGUUACUAUCAGCAUUCUCCACAAGUACUGCGCUUAGCAUCUGUAUACCUCGAGUCCAGAGUUUGAGACUCAGGAUGUCAAACGAGACAGCAAAUGCUAACUGCUCGCACAACUGCAGCUGGGCUGAUAUGGACAAUAGGGACAACUUAUCAAACUGGGAUACUGACUACCCAGUCAAUCUUUUUCCUAUCCCGGUUUUGACAGGAAUAACGGCUACCUGCAUCUGUCUCCUCAUUAUUGGAACUGCAGGGAAUUUAAUGACCGUUUUGAUCGUCUCCAAAUUCAAGGACAUGAGGACAACUACCAAUCUCUACCUAUCCAGCAUGGCCUUUUCAGACCUCCUUAUAUUCCUCUGCAUGCCAUUGGACCUUUACAGAAUCUGGCGUUAUAGACCUUGGAAUUUUGGGGACGUGCUUUGCAAGGUAUUCCAGUUCACCAGCGAAAGUUGCACGUACUCCACAAUCCUCAACAUAACAGCCCUUAGUGUGGAGAGAUACUUUGCAAUCUGUUUCCCACUACGGGCAAAAGUGGUUGUGACUAAGAGUCGCGUGAAAGGGGUAAUAUUGAUUAUCUGGAUAGUGGCAUUUGUCAGCGCUGGCCCCAUAUUCGUUUUGGUUGGAGUUGAACACGAGAACGGCACUGAUCCGUGGGAGACAAACGAGUGUAAGGCGACAGACUACGCUAUCCGGUCUGGACUCCUUACUAUAAUGGUGUGGGUUUCCAGCAUCUUUUUCUUCUUGCCGGUAUUUUGCUUGACUGUACUCUAUAGCCUUAUUGGAAGAAAGUUGUGGAAGAGAAAAAAGGAGACCAUAGGACCAAGCAUGUCCUCCAGAGAUAAGAGCAGCAAGCAAACUGUGAAAAUGUUGGCUGUGGUGGUGUUUGCCUUUGUACUCUGUUGGCUUCCUUUUCACGUUGGGCGGUAUCUCUUCUCCAAAUCUUCAGAGGCUGGCUCUUUGUUAAUGUCUCAGAUCAGUCAGUAUUGCAACUUAGUCUCCUUUGUCCUCUUCUACUUAAGCGCAGCAAUCAACCCAAUUCUUUACAAUAUCAUGUCCAAGAAGUACCGGGUGGCUGCUUGCAAACUGUUUGGACUUAAACAAGCACCAAGAAGGACAGCCUCUACCAUGAAGGAUGAAAGCACUCCUGUUUGGACAGAGUCGAGUGUCAGCACAUGACCACCUUGUAAUGGAGCUCCUCCAAGUGACUGAUGAGCUAAUGAUACUGACAUCAGCUUAAGAUACAUAUUUGCCUCUCAACUACAGAGACGUUUGUCUUUGAACCGUAUGACUGGUGGUUCACGUCCAGCCCUUGCCUUUCCAUUCAAUUCAAUGGGCCAAUAUGCCAAUUUAUGAUAGCCUCAUUGAACAGCUUUUUUUGCAAGAUUUGAUUUUGUGUGCCAAAAAAAGCCAUAUCAAUUGGAGACCAGUUGUAUAAGUUUUGAAUCUUUAAAGUUACAUUUUAGGCUUUAAGGUAUUGUGUUGUAAGCAUGAGAGAUGUCAAUGAAACAUAUUUUGAAAAUGUCCAUCAGUAAAACAAACAGUAACUUGUUGCACCACUACUGAAAGUAGGCACAUGUGCCAAGUAAAUUUUCAUCCAUGCUUUGAUGUGCCUGAAAAUUGCCAAAAUCAUGCAUCCUGGGGUAAUGAAAAUCACUUAGCAAGAAUGUGCAAAACAGAUGGGAAGUACAGAUUUUUUUAUGUAGGAAUUAAUUGUGAUAGACCCUUUUUUAAAUAUAGAUGAUAUACAGUAUGCAUUUACAAGAACCUGAUGCAGCGGGCAGUGCAAGUAAUUGAGAAGUCUCACUAUUUUGAACACAGAAAAAGAGUUUGAAGCUUUUGAUAGGCUUUAAUUACAUAAUCCAUCACUAAAAAAUGCUCAGUACAGGUAAAUUUAGACAUACUGAAAUAAACUUUGCAGUAUAGUAGUUAACAGAUAUUUGCCCCAACUAGGUACCAUAGAAACUUCAGUUUUACAUUUAUGGUUCAAUCCACCUACUUACAAGACUUGAGACUGCAUUUUCUUGCACUGAUGGCUUCAAGCCAAAAUGAUGGUCAAGUCAGCAAUAUACUUCUGUCUUUAUACAAUGUGUUGGUACAGUUUUUUAAAUUUAAAAAGCCACAGUAUACUCUAUGAUAUAGACACCUAUCAGUAAGCAGAGAAAUUGGAGCAAGUUAAAAUAUGUGUGGGCUUUAAUUACCACCAAUGCCAACUUGACCAUUAUUAAGAAUGAAAGUUGGUCAUGCAAAAUGUAAAAUAGAUGAAUAUACAAUAAAAGUCCACAAUACAAUACCUCCCUUACAACCCCCAUCCUUCUGAUCACUGCCUUACUAGCAGCACCUGGGGCAGGUGUUCAACAGAAUGCAAAGAGAGUCAUUGUUUACAUUGUAUAACCAUAUCUCAACAGAUCACUAUUCGCAUGGUGAGACUAGUCAAAUAAAUUGCAGCGUAACCAGUGGUUUAGUCCACUCCAAGCUAAGUAAUUUCAGGACAAAAAAUUAACACACUCUAAUGUGUGAAACAUAAGAAAAAAAAUAAAAGUGCAAGUUUAAAAAUAAAUGUAACAAAGUAGGGCUAUAAUUUAACAUAGCUAUAUAAAAAAAACAGUGUAUUAGCAAUGGAAAAGCGUUUAUUAUUAUUAUUAUUAUUAUUAUUAUUAUUAUUAUUAUUAUUAUUAUUAUUAUUAUUAUUAUUAUUUAUAAGAGCUGCAAGGUUGUAUUAGAAAUUUAAAACACUUAUUGCAAUAUACACAUUCAAUGUGAUAGUAUAACUUGGUUUAUGUAAUACGGACAUGAGGGACAUACAGAACAAAGUCUUCAUGUGUCUAACCAUUACCAUAGGUAAAGUAGUCCAUGAUUAACCCUAAUGGGGGUCUAAUGCCAAUGUUAAAGUGAAACCAGCCAUUUAUGUGGAUCUUAUUUGUGACCUCAAAUGUCUGGCUGUUUUUUUUUUGUUUUUUUUGUUUUUUUUUAUUCCAAUGAGCUUAUCAAUUUUUGGUGCUAUUGAGGUUAUCAAUGGUAGCCAACUAACUAGUCCAAACAAAUGGCUUAGAUUUACUUAAUCCCUCUGUUGGGUGCAUCAAGUAUACUACAUCUGGUUUGCUGCAAUUUACCCCACAUGUUUUAUAUGAUUAUACCCAGAUAUUAUUUUAUUUUUUCAUAUUUAAAUAUGGAUUUAUCUUUAACAAAAUGUAUAUUUAAGAAUUGGUUAGAAGUGAUGAAAAAAACACUUUUUGUUAGAACGUUGUAAAAAGUGAUUUUCAACAUAUACCCUAUUUACCAAGCUGCAUACUUCUUGCUCCACGCAUGGAGACAUUUUUUUUGUUUACAAAUUGUUCAUUUAACUACCCACACCAAAUGUGAAUCCUUUAUAAUAUGAAUGCGAAACACAAAUCUAAAUAAUCUUGAAUGAAUGUAUUUGAAGUCUUCAAUAAUUUUGAUAUUGGUUAAAGGUAAGGAAACAAAAACGCUUCAUUUUAACUUUUAUUGUUAGGACAUUUCUGUGAACCUAUAUUCCUACAAAUACAGUCCUGCAUUAUAUAGUACUUAUAGCGUUACUAAACAGAAAGGACUGGAGUGUUGAUAAACCUGGCCUUUGCAAACAAAAACGUAAUCAUGCAUUUUAUUACAUUUUUUAAAGUGUGACCUACUGGUGACUUUAAAUGCAUGUCAAACCUGUAUAGGGCAUACUGGCAGUGCUCAAUUGCACAGAAACACCGGUCAGAUGCUAGAUAGUUAGAAAGUUUGAUAAAAACGUUAUGCUCUAAACUGCUUUCAAAAUCCAGCUACAAAAAAUGGUAUUAUCAUAUUUAAUAUUAAUAUACUGCACGUUGGAAAGUCGUAUGGUCGUUGGUCAGCUUAAAUACAGUAAAUAUAGUACUGUUUAAAUACAUGUUUACAGUUGCAGUAUAAUCGUCUUUUUGGGCAUGCACAUCUUGAAACGCUUCUGCAAAUGAAUUCCUUUUACAGGACUUGCGACAUUUUACAGACAAUAUGAAAACAUUGUGCAAUAUACCCUCUUCAAUGAAUGUAAAAAAAGUAUUAAUUGAUGUAAUUUACGUGUCUGUCUUUAUCUGGUGUAGCUAUUUGUAAUAAACGAGAGCUG